UCAACUGAUUCCCUUAUUUUACAAAACAACUGAGUUUGAACAGCAUAAGCUUUGACAUUCGAUGGUGUGAAAGUUAAUGGCUCAAAGAAAAACUCAAAUGGAGAAUCAACCGGCAAUGAAGGUUGGAAUCAUUGGAAUUGGACAAGUGGGCCUAGUAUUGAUGACAAACAUUCACAAAGCAAACAACACUCAAUUUAUCCUGUCGGCUGUUUGCGACACUCGCCCUGAAAUCGGUCAACUUGUACCACAGGGAGUGACCUUCACCCGAGAAGCGGCCGAAGUGGUGAAGUCGUGUGACGUCAUUAUGACAUGUCUUCCUCGUGCACAGGACGUGAAAACUGUCUGGGAAAGGUCAAUUAAGGACAACUUAUCGAAAGGACAGUACUGGAUAGAUCACACUUCCAGUAUCCAUUCUCAGAAUGAGCAGCUGGACAGAGAAGUCACGUGUCUUGGUGCUCAAUUCAUCGAAGCGCCAAUCACUGGAGGCUUGACUGCUCUGAAGAGAGGUGAAAUGUGUUGCCUGGUGGCAGGCAAAAGGACAGCAGUCUACAGAAUGAAGAGUCUCCUCAAAAUAUAA